AUGGAUGACAUCCAUGUGUCAGAUACUGAGCAUAUCAAUAUUGAUGGCUCAUCAAAGAAAAAUAUUUUCAAAAACAAUGAUUAUUAUUCACCGUAUAAUUCAUAUUGUCGUACACGGCAUAAUAUAAAUCGACAACGAUAUAAAAUGCCUAAAACAAAAAAAGGAAAUAAACGUUCAUCUUCAUCUACUUAUAUAAGACGUUUAUCAUUAACUCCAGUUAAUUCAGAACCACUAUCGACUACUAUACCACAUGUAACAUCAACAACAAAACGUUUUACAGGUACACAUCGUUUAUCAUUACCAUCAAAUUAUCUUCGACGACGAUUAAAUCCUUAUUUAUUAUUCCAAUCACAUUCCAAUCAUAAUAAUAAAAAAGAUGAUUUAGAUCUUGGUAUUGAAGUGUUAACAUCCGAUAUUGAUGAUAAUCAUUCAACAACAACAAAAACAGAAUCUCAUCACAAUGAUCUUGUAUCACCACCAAUUAUUUCAAAUCAUUCAUCAUUACCCUAUCCAUUAGCACCAUCAACAAUAAUUAAACAAGGAUAUAAUCGACAACGAAAACAAAAACAUCAACAACAGAAUGAUAGUACAGAACGUCAAUAUCAUCAACGACGACAAUCAGUAAAUACAAAAGAGAAUGAACGUCAAAUUCGUCGACAAUCUCUAGGUGAUGAAAGACGUUCAGAUUUGACCAAUAGAAUUGAACAUUAUAAAAAUAAUAUGGUUCACCAAACAAAUUCAUUUGAUGUUUAUGAUAUUAAAGAGAAUUCAGAAAAACGUAAAAAAUAUUUUAAAGAAAUAUGGUAUGAAUUACAAGCAUAUAUUCAUGGAACAUUGAAUGAACAAGGAAUUGAAGAAGAAAAAAGGCGAAUUGAUUUAGAACGUAAACAAGAAUUGGAUGAAUUUUAUCAUGUAUUUCUUAAAUACGAGUUUAAACAUAGUCAUUCAGAUUUAAAACCACUACCAGCAACAAUAGUUCGAAAAAAUUUGUCUGAUCAACAUGUACAACGUUGUGCAUCUGUCGAUUAUCAAUUGAGACAAUUAUUUUCAAAAUGGGAAAAAAUAUUAUAUUUAUUUCCAUCUACUGCUGAAUUAGAAUUAUACGAUAAACGAUUCAAUUCAAAAACACUAGAGGGCAAAGUUUUCUAUGAAAAAUUAGCACUUUUUCAGGCUUGGUAUAAUUUACAUUCGGAAAUAAAUCGUUUAAUAAUUGUUCUCGGACGAAUUAUGUCUUGUAGUCAAUGUAGUUCAUGGCCACGAGUUGAAUGUUCUACUGCACCAAAAUUACAUGAAAAUUCUACUUUAUUUGCUAGUCGUCCACCGACACCCACCUCAUUUACUUCUGUUACAUCGGAUAAUAGUCCUCAUCGUAAUGGAUCACCCGAAGAAACAUCUCCAACUUCGACUCAUCCUCCAUCAUUUCAACCGCAUCCUCAUUCUUAUCUUCAAUCUCCAAUUUCUGUUGGUUCUGUAAUUUUACCUCCCACAUCUUCUUAUCUUCUGAACGAUGAUGCCUCACCGAUUACAGUCUCUCGUUCUCAGUUAUUAACACAUUCAAGUAUCUCUCGAACAUCAACAGUCUCAACAUCCAAUUCAUUUUCUUCACCACAGUCUGCCAGUAUCAAUAACCAUCAUCGACAAACAAUUUCAUCCUUACAUAGUGUUGAAUUAACUCCAUUUUCAUCAUUAAUCGAUUAUUAUUAUCGCUAUAUCGAUGAUCAAUUAACACAUGCUCGAGUUGAACUCAUAUCAUCUAUUUUUCAAAAUAAACAUGGGCCAUUGUUACAACGAUUACAUUAUGCAUUUCGACAACAACAACCAUCAAGUAAAACUGGUGGAAGUUCAUCAACUACAUCCGAUUCAACAGUUUCGUCCUUGAUAAUGACACCAUUCGGAGAUAAAAAUAAAAAAAAUACUUGGCAACAAUUAUUAUUGCCAUCAUUGACUGCCAGUAUGCCAUCUGAACAAAACAAUAAAUUAUUCUUAAAUGAUGAACCAGAAAAAAAAGAAACACCAGAAACAUUGAUGAAUGAAUUUUUUAAACUCAAUAUACAAUUGCAACGAAAACAAGCGAUAAAACAAAAAUUGUCAAUAAACAAUUUAAAUAUGACAAAAGUUAAUAUUAAUAAAGGAAAACAAAAUGUGACAAAUAUCAUGAAUCGUCUUGAACAUACUCCAACAAUUACAACUUCAGGAUUUCAACCAGCUUCGGCACCUACACUAGUUCAAAAAUUAGUGGCAAAUGAUCGUACGGUUAUUAGACGACAAAAUUAUUUUCUCGAUUUUCUUGAUUCAUCUAACUAUGCUCAUCUUCCGGGUAGUACAUUAUUUCCCGAUCCAUGUUCAUUUCCCAAUAUUCCAAUGCCAUGUCAAUUAUCACGAGAUGAAAUUUCAAUUAUUUUAAAAAUAAUUCAAAUUUGUUAUCGUUUAAAUUCUCAUGUUUGGUUAGAUUAUGAUAAAUUUCAUGAUUAUUCAGAAAUACUUCAUUUGCCUACACUUUAUCCACAAUAUAUUUUUCUAGCUUUUAUCCCAUUUGAUUUAAUGUUUGCGUGGCAUCAACUUCAUCAUGACAGAAAAUUUGAUAUUACAAGUCGGCAACCAACACUGGGUGCAAUUCAUUUAUUGAUAGAUGAAUGUAAAGUAUUAAUACAUAGUAGUGUACUUAUUCGACAAUAUUUCAUGACAAUGAUUUAUGAUAUACUUGAAAAACCUGAAUUAGCUAAAUUAGAAGAAGAAAUUGCUAAAUUUGAUGAACAUAUCAUUAGUACUAUUCAUGAAUAUAUUAAAUAUGUCGAAAAAUUUGUUGAAAUUUCAUUGAAAUCACAUUUAUUUUCAUCCCUUAUUUGCAUGCUUAAAGACCAAUGGAAAUAUAUAAAAAAAUAUGGUACUGUUUUAAAUGAAGAAGAAUAUAUUGCUGAAAAAUUUUUAAAUAUGUGGUCACAAUUCAUCUCAAAAUUUAAUGAUUAUAUUCAAAUAUUUCAUUCAUCAUCAUCAUCUAUCGAUAUUAGUACGUCUGCUAAAUUUAUUAAAAAGAAAAUUAAUAAAAAAUAUAAUAAAAAAUUAACUAUGGCCAUACUACGUGAAACAAAACAAAUUUAUGAUGAUUGUGCAAUGGUAUUAAAUAUUUAUUUACAAAAACCAGUAUGUGAACGAUUUUUAGCCAUAUUAAAAACGGCAGGAUUUCAAAGAAUUAAAUAUGGAUCAUUCGAUGACAAUGUUAAGCUAAAUGACAAAACUUCUGAUUCAAAAUGUUUAUUAUUUGCACCAGCUACAUAUUUUGAAGAUAAUCAACAUAAAAUUCAAUUAUUUAAAACAUUAUCAUCUUCAUUUCGUUUGGAAUCAUCUAUGGAUUCUUCAACUUCUGUUUUACCAACAAUAAUAUCACAAGAUGAGGAACAAAAAUUAAAUGAAUCAUUAAAAUUAAAAAAUUGUCCAUCUGUUUAUAUUUUAUGUGUACCAGUUUCCAAAGAAUUAGCUCAUAAAUGGCGUGGUGUUGAACGUACCAUACCGAUGUAUUUAAAUAAAUGUUUAACAUCUAUAAAACCAAUUCAUUCAAAUUGGAAAACAACAUCAAUAUUUCUUUUAACACAGCAGACACAACAGUUUGACAAUUUUAUUACAAUGUUUCAUGAAAAAUUAGAAAGUUUAAAUUUAAAUUUAAAUGAUCUAUUGCAAUUAGAUCGAACACAACAACAAAAACGUUCAUGUUUUGAAAAAGUAGAUCAUGCCAUGUACGAAUUAAAUCAUGCUGUAUUAAAUUUAAGUGAAAAUAUUUGUGGUGAUAUUGAUCAAUUUGAGUCAUUAAUUGAGAAUUUAAUAAAUCAAAAGUCAGAUAAUGAAAAACGAGAUAUUUAUCGAACAUUUUUGCAUACUGAAGAACGUUUAUUCGCAUUUGCUAUGGAUAUUGUACGUGAAACAUCUUAUUUUGCAUUGCAAUUAGAUCAAAAUAGUCUAGUAUUACAAGCUCGACGACAAAUAAAUUUGGCUUCAAAUUGGCUAAAAUUUGUUUAUAAAAAAUCGACGGGAAAAGGGCAUACAUUGCCGGUAUGGUCAAUGCCUGGCAUUACGUUUUUAAAACAUGUUUGUGAUAUAAAUUAUUCAAAACAUAUUGAUGAAAAAACCUUUGAACAAUUUUAUCAAAAUAUGCAACAUGCUAUCGUUUAUUUACUUGGUCAUCAUUAUCGGUGUGAUAGUAACAAUUGUCCAUCAUCAUUUUCAACACCAAAUACAAUGGAUGGAAAUGAUAAACAUGUGAAUCCGUUUAAAACUAUUGUACCACCACGAAAAAAUUCAAUACAAAAAACAAAAAAAAAUAAAGUACCAUUAACUCUAGUCGAAAAAUUAGAAAAAAUGGAUAGAGCAAUUGAUAGAAAACGAUCGUCGGAUGGACUCAUUGGACAAAUAAAACAAGUUGAUAAUCGAUCUCGAAUGCCACUUAUACCAAAUAAAGUGCAAGAAGAUUUAGCUCGAUUAAAAAUACGUAAUUGGCGUAAACUUUCAUUACUUGCUCGUGGACAAUUUGCUACGUCUUACACAUGUACAACUGAAAAUGGCGAGGUGUUGUGUUACAAACAAUAUCGUAUUCAGCCAAACGACGCACAAGCAAUUGGAAAAGUUUUAGAACAAUUAAUUCCGAUAGUUCACAUUGAACAUGAAAAUCUCAUACGUUAUCGUGGCAUUGCACUUGAACAAGAUCAUAUUUUAUUUUUCAUGGAAUAUUGUAGUUUUGGAACGGUUGCACAAUUAUUAAUUGGAUCCCAAGUAGAACCAAGUGCAGCUGUAACGAAUGAUCUCACUACAGAUGGUCGUACACGAUCUUCAACAGCAACUACCAUAAGUGAAACGGAUUUAAUUUCCAGCACAAUACCUAGUAAUCGUCGUGGACCGUUUCA